AUGCCUAACAUCGCAGCAAUGGGAACAGUACUAAAUUUUGUAGUUAUGCUAACAAUUCUCAGUCUGUGUCUAAAACUAAAGCCGUCUCCGACUCAUUGUCAACCUGAUACUAGUCUGCCUCUAGGUAAUAUAGCAAUUAGCUCCGAGCUAGCACGACUGCCUGAUAAACUAUGUUUUGUCUGGAUUUCUACCCGAGAUACAAAGUUGAGAAGUUUUAACCUACCAAAAUACUAUUGCUAUGGUAUGGACUUACGAAUCGCCAACGUCUCAAAUCAUGUGCUUAUCUCGAUCUUGUUAGCUGGCGACAUUGCUACUAACCCCGGUCCCGCUCACGUUAAUAACAACUCACCUACCCUCCCCGGAGGUUUAAAUGUCCUCUAUAUGAACGCACGAAGUAUCAAAGCUUUCGUUCCCCUUGUAGAAAACCCUUCCAGCAAAGUUUGUAAAAUAACAUUGAUACAGCAGCUGGUCUACAGUAAUUGUUAUGACGUUGUCUGUAUAUGUGAAACCUGGUUGAACGAUUCAGUUAUGUCAUCAGAAAUCCCAUGGCCAGAAAUGGAGGACAUCAAGCGGUCGGGCGUGCGGGCUCAUAUUUUCUUGAUAAUUCAGUGCACUAUACAGAUCAGUGGUUCAGUUUUGGCAAAUACAAAUUAA